UUACAGGGCUGAGCUGAUAAAGUUUGAUGUCAGCUGAGUGUUAGCACACCUUAAAAACCAUCCUUCGGAGGAAAGAGGAGAGGACUGAACUAAGUUACCCAUCAGCGAACAUCAUGAAAAACGUCCGAAGGCGACUAUGGUUUUUCAUAUUUCUACAGUGUGUUCUGGUCGGCAGUUUAGUUGACUCCUCUUCCCUGUCCUCCUCCACCCAAUCCCUGUCCAUCACGUCUAAGGUGGGGAACCAGGCGGUCCUUCCCUGCAGCUGGAAGAAGCGCCUCGGUGAUGUGGCCUUGCCCUCCUGCCACAUCCAGUGGGCGACCCCGGCCGACACCGUGUUCGAGCUGCGGGGGGAGCAGAAGUGGCAGGCCGAGGAGUUUGAGGGUCGGGUGGAGGUUCCCAAGGAGAAGCUGGGGUCCGGGGAUUGCUCUCUGAUCAUCAAUGACGUUCAGAUUGGAGACACGGGGAGAUACGAGAGCUUCAUGGUGGUCGAGGGAGUGAGGUCCAUAAAAACAAGGGUGUUCAUUCAGAGCGUCAAGUUCACUGUGUUCGAUCACAAGGUCCUUCAGUCCAAAGGUCCAGGAGAGGACUUAGUUUUGGAUCUCUACACCCGUCACUCUCUAAGAGUGGUCUUCCUGGGCAGGAACAGCUCGGUGUGGUCCGACCUUUGGAUGAGGGGGGAUGCGAACAGCGAGCGUCUACAGAAACAUCCUCUGAACGAGCAGCUGACGAUAAUGAAGUUAAAGAGCUCAGACGAAGGAACUUACAAAGUUCUGGAUGAACAUGGCCUCGCUGUCAGCACCGUGCAGCUCUCAGUGGAGGAAAACUCCACGGCUCUCAAAUACCACCAGAUCCAUCUGGAAAAUCCAGUACCAACAGGUGAUGCUGUCAAAAGCAGCAGUUCAGUUCUUCUCAUCUUGUCUGUUCUUGUCAUGAGUUUCCAAAUUCUUCAUUUCCUCUGAGAAGAUGUCCUCUGCUAAAUAACUACACAUAAGUACAAUUUAACAGCUACCAGACACACUAUAGCCAGCACAUGAGGUAAAUGUUUUCUUCAUUAUCACUGUGUUUCAUAACUUAAGCCUGAAUGAUAUUUUUAUUGAGCCAAGUGAGCCCUGUGUGGAUUUUGUUGAUAAGGCUCAGUUCAGAAUGACAAAUCUGAGUGUUUGAGAUGUGAUUUAAGUGGAGAAGUUUGUAUUUUUGUUUGUCAGGCUGAUGUCUCAGAAAUCUCUGGAGGCAAUUUUACUGUUUUCAAUUAAAAUGUGGUUAAAAGGAAUAGUGCUACUUUUUUUGGAAAAUGUGCAUUUUCACUUUUUCGAUUUAGAUGAAACCAUGAACACCACUCACAUUUUGUCCAUUGAUUAUAAAGGUGGAGUCAUGGUUGUGGGUAGCCUAGUUUAGCACAAAGGCUGAAAGCAGAGGGAAACAGCUAGCCUGGCUCUUUCCGACAUUCAGAAAUACAACAAAAUGUAAUUACACGGUCUUAUAAUUUCACAUACUGAAGUAUUGUUUUAAAAAAUGUGAAAAAAAUUAUGUUUGG